AUGGGCAAGCUACCUAAGUCAUUGAUGGAGGAAGUAGGCUCAGUUAUGAGAUUAGUAUGGGCAAGAAGGAAUGAGUUUGUGCAUGGAAAGGGAUUUAGACACCCAGACUUUGUGAUGCAUAAAGCAUUGGAUGAUCUAACCUGCUUUAAAACCACAAAACAUAAGUAUACAAAUGAAAGAGUAGCUGACUACUUUGAAAACCAACAAUGGAAACCACCUCCUGAGGGAACAUACAAGUUGAAGUGGGAUGCUGCUAUAAACCAAUCAUUGGUACUCACGGGCAUUGGUGCGAUUAUCAGGGACUGUAAUGACCAAGUUUUUGGUACUCUCCGAGUAAGAAGAAGUUACAACUUUUCUCCUUUCACUGCUGAAGCUUAUGCCAUGAUGAUAACAACGUUAUUUUGCAAAAAGGUUGGCUUUCAUUCCAUCAUGUUCAAGGGGGACUCACUUCAAGUGGUGGAGAGAAUGCAAAAAUCAGUUACUAAUUGGAGCCAAGGUGGCCUUAUCAUCGAGGAUACAAAGCAUCUUUUACAAGAAUUUGUUGCUUGGAGUUUUAGGCACAGGGAUUCAAACAUGGCAGCACACAUGCUUGGUAAGAAUGCCCUAUUGAAUGAGUGUGAUCUCUAUUAUUUAGAGGAGAUACCUAAUUGCAUUAGACAUGUUGUUCAACUAGGUCUUUGUAACAGUGUGUUUAAUCAAUAA